AUGCCCCUAGCAGCUCGCACAAUUGGCCAUAAGCUUUUCAUCGGUGCCCACGUUUCGGCCGCUGGUGGUGUCCCUAAUGCUGUCCAGAAUGCUAUUCAUAUCGGCGCAAAUGCCUUUGCCUUGUUCUUGAAAUCUCAGCGCAAAUGGGCCAAUCCUCCACUGGACGAGACCCACUCUAUCAACUUCCAUGCUCAUUGCGACAAGCACAACUUUGACCAAAAUCAACAUGUCGUUCCACACGGUUCAUACCUUGUCAAUCUAGCCCACACCGAUCCAGAUCGUACCAAACAAGCAUACGACUCCUUCCUCGAUGAUCUGAAGCGUUGCGAGAAGCUCGGCAUCUCGCUCUACAACUUCCAUCCCGGCAACAGCGUGGGUGGUGAUCGCGAUGCUGCUAUCGCUCAUCUGGCCAACAAUCUCAAUCGUGCACACAAGGAAACUUCCAAGGUCAUCACGCUACUCGAGAACAUGGCUGCGGGUGGAAAUGUCAUUGGCUCGACCUUUGAGGACUUGCGCGAUGUCAUUAACCUCAUCGACGACAAGUCUCGUGUCGGCGUCUGUCUCGAUACCUGCCAUGCCUUUGCAGGUGGUUACGAUCUGCGGACUCCGGAGACUGUCCAGAAGACCUUAUCACAAUUUGACGAAACGGUCGGUAUGAAGUAUCUGCGUGCUUUGCAUCUGAACGACAGCAAAGCACCCUUCUCAAGUCACAGAGAUCUACAUGCAAAUAUCGGCACUGGCUUCCUGGGCUUGCGUGGUUUCCACGCCAUCAUGAAUGAUGAGCGUGUCAUCGGUCUUCCUAUGGUUCUCGAAACACCGAUCGAAGUACGCGACGAGAAUGGCAACCUCCAAAAGGACGCUAAGGGCAAGGAAAUGGAGGAUAAGAACAUCUGGGCUAGAGAAAUCAAGUUGCUGGAAAGUCUUGUCGGUAUGGAUGCGGAAAGCAAGGAGUUCAAAGAAUUGGACGACAAGCUGCAGAAGAUGGGUAAGGUCGAGCGAGACAGAAUCGCCGAGCAAGUCGAGAAGAAGACAACAAAGGUCAAGGAGAAGGAAGACAAGGCAAAGGCCAAACAGACCAAACUCAACUUUGGCAAGGCUGCUGCUCCAGCCAAGAAGAGUAAGAAGGCAAAGAAGGAGGAAGAUGCUGAUCAAAGUGAUGCGUCAGCCCCACUGCCUUCGGACGAUGAGAGCUAG